UUGCAUAUUUUCAGUUUCCUGAGGCCUGAGACGGCCCAAGGUAUCUUCGUUAAUUUCAAGCGACUUCUUCAGUUCAAUCAGGGCAAGCUUCCGUUCGCGGCCGCGCAAAUCGGAAAAAGUUUUCGCAACGAAAUAUCACCUCGACAAGGGGUAAUCCGGGGCUUGGUUGCCAACGAAACCCUAGGAUAUUAUAUGGCCAGAGUCCAUCAGUUUUUAGUGAAAGUCGGCGUUAAACCGGAAAAGCUGAGGUUCAGACAGCAUAUGGCAAACGAAAUGGCUCAUUAUGCUUGCGAUUGUUGGGAUGCCGAGUGUCUUACUUCCUACGUAAGUAUAUGCUCUGAAUUAAACUCUUGAGC